AUGGCCGGCACCGGCAUCCAUCCGUCCCGGCGCGGCUCCAGCGUUGCCCGAGCCUCACGCUGGGGCCCGCUGUUGCCACUGGCGCUCGAUCCAUACGCCGCCGUGUGCUUCAGAUCUCCCAGCCACCGCCGCCAAAUCCUCAGGCACGCGAAAGCAGCGAAGGACCCCGACACAGAGCUCAUGCGCGUCUUCAAGAGCUUCGACACCGACCUCGACGACCGCAUCUCGGCCUCCAAGAUUCAGAAGUUGCGCAGGUGCACAACCGCGGAGGCGAAGGAGAUGGUCGCCACGGUGGACACCGACGGGGACGGGUUCAUCAACAUCGAGGAAUUCGGGGCGUUGCUGGACGACCAGAAAUUUGACGCGCUACACAUGGCCUUCGAGGAGUACGACGAGAACGGGGACAGGAUGAUCACCGCGGAGGAGCUAUGCAUAGCGCUGCGACGGGUGCUCCCCAGCGAGGAUCUGACGGUCGAGAAGUGCGCCGAGAUGAUAGACGGAGUGGACAAGGAUGGCGACGGCGUAAUCUCCUUCGACGAGUUCAAGGCCAUGACGGCGAGCAAGAGUUCGUGA